AUGAGCCCAAGCUCGAUGGACAAGGUCGGUAAAUUUGAUGGUACUGGUUACCAAAUGUGGGCAUACAAAAUGCGUAUUUCCUCACCGCAAAAGGUUUGUGGAGCGAUCGAUUCAAUUGUUCUGUAUUAUGCAGUCCGCAAACAUUUAUCGUUACCACUUCAAAAGACAUUCAAAGAUCAAAGUAGAAUAUAUCUUCACGUGAAAAACAUGGACAAUGGAUUCUGCAGUCCUUUCGAAGCCUCUCGUGCCCUCGUAAGCGACGUUAUCAUUGUUAUUUAA